CAUCAAGACUUUUCCAGCAACWCUAAUACCAUGAACAUCGCUGAGAGUGUGCCUUGCUCCAGAGAAAAGAGUUCUGCUUUUACACCUUUCCAUAUCAACGGCGUUUCAGAAAAGAUGCUCUUUUCCGCGGCUUCAACAACCUGCCCSCAGAUCAGCAGUCAUCCUGGCUUUCUCCCUUAYCCMGCGACGUAUAUGAACCCAUCUGCGUAUUUACAAAGAUGCUGCGGUCAUGAUUUUGGAAUGCUUCCUCUACGAGAAGCCAAGGGUAUGAUAUCACAUAUGGCAAGUCCUUAUCUACCACAUGGGAGCCUUCCACUCUUGGGCUUUCAUCACACCGAAGAAGAAAAACCAAGUCAGUCAUAUAUUGGGCUCAUUGGAAAAGCGAUUCUCAGCGCACCCCAAAAGAAACUCGUACUCAGCGACAUCUAUAACUACAUUUUGACAAAUUACCCGUACUUUCGCAACAAAGGACCUGGWUGGAGAAACAGCAUCCGCCAUAAUCUCAGUUUAAACGAAUGCUUUAUCAAAGUUGGUCGAAGCCCCAAUGGAAAAGGACAUUUCUGGGCUAUAAACCCAGCCAAUUUUGAGGACUUUAGUCGAGGAGAGUACAGAAGAAAGCGAGCAAACAAAAAGAAAGUUUCUUCGAGUGAUACUUUGAAAGUGAAAACCGAGAGAGAGAUUGAGAUAGCGCCAAAGUUGGAGSCCGAUGUGUCCCCAAGUGGUUCUCUUGCAUURCCUACCUUUUCRAUGCCACUCAUUGUWCAGACUGCACCAAACAGCAAUAAACAGCACAAAGGCUUUCAUAUCGAAACUUUGUUAUCAACAACAACGAGUUCUGUAAGUAAAUMAACGAACUUUUCCCAGAGAACUGAUUUUUAGCGUUAAAGACAUGUGCAAUAUAUGUACACUGAUAUUCAAAUCCUUGUAUAUAAUAUCUUUUUUAUGAAGUAUAAAUAAAAUAUUCCUUAGGAAUCUGUAAAUAAAUGAAUUAAUCUUUAUACGAAUGCUAGUUUUAUAGCAUUAUAUGUA